UCAGACUCUUUUUGUCUUUUGAUUGCUGUCUCCAGCCCCAACUCCGAUGUGUUCCGUUAUCAGCGACCAGCAGCCUGCCGUUCCAGCCCCCGUCUGGGUGGGGAUCGGGGGCCAGUCUCCCGCUGCAGCAGCGGGCGAGGUUAUAUAGGAAGAGAAAGAGCCAGGCAGAGAGCGAGGGAGCCAGCAGCAAGCCGAGCGAGGAAGGGAGAGCGCAAGCCCGAGCGCAAAGGCACACACACUCGCACUCGCGCACACAGACCCGCACGGGGACAGCGUGGAAGGCACUGGGCUCCGCGGACGAGAUGCGGCUGCUGGCGAGAUGUGUGCUGGUGGUGCUCGUCUCUGCACUGCUGAUGUGCUCGGGGCUGGCGUGCGGACCAGGCAGGGGAUUUGGGAAGAGGCGACACCCCAAAAAGCUGACCCCUUUAGCCUACAAGCAGUUUAUCCCCAACGUGGCUGAGAAGACCCUAGGGGCCAGUGGACGAUACGAAGGGAAGAUCUCAAGAAACUCCGAGCGAUUUAAGGAACUCACCCCCAAUUACAACCCCGACAUCAUAUUUAAGGAUGAAGAAAACACGGGAGCAGACCGGCUGAUGACUCAGAGGUGUAAGGACAAGCUGAACGCCUUGGCCAUCUCGGUGAUGAACCAGUGGCCCGGUGUGAAGCUGCGGGUGACCGAGGGCUGGGACGAAGACGGCCACCACUCAGAGGAGUCGCUGCACUACGAGGGCCGUGCGGUGGACAUCACCACGUCCGACCGCGACCGGGGCAAGUACGGCAUGUUGGCGCGCCUGGCCGUGGAGGCUGGCUUCGACUGGGUGUACUACGAGUCCAAAGCGCACAUCCACUGCUCCGUGAAAGCAGAGAAUUCGGUAGCGGCCAAGUCCGGCGGCUGCUUCCCGGGCUCGGCCACGGUGCACCUGGAGCAGGGCGGCACCAAGCUGGUGAAAGACCUGCGUCCCGGGGACCGCGUGCUGGCGGCCGACGACCAGGGCCGACUGCUCUACAGCGACUUCCUCACCUUCCUGGACCGCGACGAUGGUGCCAAGAAGGUCUUCUACGUGAUCGAGACGCGGGAGCCGCGCGAGCGCUUGCUGCUCACCGCCGCGCACCUGCUGUUCGUCGCGCCGCACAACGACUCGGCGGCCGGGGAGCCGGAG